UUUUAUAAUACAAUGAUAUACUGUCAUAUUGCUAAUAACUUAUUAAUGAAAGUACUACUAAAACCGUUGCUUGUGGCUGUGAUAAGCGAUCUUUGUUUAUUUUUCGAGCUAUAGGUGAGCAUCCCGUUUGGCAUAUGUUGUUUCGUGGGAGGGGUUAUCUUCAAUAACUUGUAUUUAUUUUGUUUCUAACAUUAGAGAUUCAAAAUAUUUGAUCAUGAUGGAGCUCAAAGUAGGCUUCAAUUCCACAUCUAACAGCACUGCUGUGGGUUCAGAACAGAUUGUUCCUGCAGUAGUUCUGGGUUUGUGCUGUUUGGUGGGUUUGCCAAGCAAUAUCGCAGUAAUCGUCAGCAUUGCUCGUGAGUGGAAAACAAAUUUAAGCUUUACCUUAAGUCUAAUGCUAAACCUCGCUGUCUCUGAUGCGUUGACCCUUUGUUUGGCUCCUGUCGUGCUGUGUGGGAUUCUGUUUGGAUGGAAACUCGGCCUUUGGUCUUGUAGGAUCCUGUUCUUCUUGGGUCACUGGAGUCUGUAUGUCGGUGUCCUGACGGUCACCUCCAUGAGUGUGCACCGCUAUCACAAUGUCAUCAAGUCAAGGGUCACUAACAGGAAGCUCCUGCACAGAGUGGAAAGACGACACAGACGCCUUCAUCUGACUGGCAUCUGGAUUCUAGCCUUUGUUUUUGCCCUACCAAUAUUUUUCACUCAAGGACUCAAAGACAAGGAUGGAUUGCAAAGAUGUCAGAGGACAAUGGAGUCACGGCCGAUAGUAGUGUCUCUUUUGCUUCUUGAGAUCCUGUCGGGGUUCGUCAUUCCUUUUUUGAUCAUGUUAACAUGUUAUCUCUGGUUGCACAAAGGCUUGAGCCAAAAAGCCAAGAGCUCCAGUCUACCUAGAGCUCCACAGGACCAGAAACACAGAAGCCAAGGGGCAAACGUUAAGACUUACAAGAAGAGACUUGUGGUCAGCAUCGUUGUGGCUUUCUUUCUGUUUUGGACUCCUGUGCACAUCAUUAAUGUGAUUGAUAUAGUUAUUACUCUGACUAAAACUUCUCAUCCAGAUGAGUAUCCCGGACUGAAGUCCUUACGUAGAGUUUAUGGUGAUACAAGCAAGACUCUGGUUUUGCUAAACUGCUGUCUGGAUCCCUUUCUCUAUGCCGUCUCUUCAGGAAAUAUUCUAAAAUGUAUCAGAAAGAAAUAGUUAUCCCUCAUGUACUUGUGUGUUUUUAACACAUGCUGUUGAUGGAGAAACAAGACUCUGCAUUUCAUACAUGAUCCAAAAUUAUUGAUUUGGUCUAAAACUAAAUAGGUUUCUUGUGGUUUGGAUGCAUUUUUUAUUGUUCAAAUUGAAGACAAUUGUACUUACUAUUUUUGCAUACAUAUGCAAAAACGCAUGCAAUUUGUUUAAAUCAAUAAGGAAUUCAAAUGUGUUGUGAAACCAGAAACUAUUUGUUCAGAAAUCUCAACUUGUUUUUGAUAUAUUACAAUGGAGUUAUAUAUUAUUAUGGGCUUAAUAAUAAGAUUUUUAAUAUUUUUUAUUUAAGGUAAAUGUUUGCAGCUUGCUACAUUAAGAGUAAAAUGAACAGAAGAGAAAGAAACUUCUGAAAACCACAAACCAGAUGAAUAAAGCUAUUUUAGAAAUAAGCUAAAAAUAAUGCAAACAGAAGGCUUCAACACAAUCAUUUGCAUAUCAGAUAUGUACAAUGGGCUAAUUAAAAAAGCUGAUUACACAAAAUGUAUUGACAGAACUUGUGUUUAAUAUGAUAAUUUCAUCCAUCGAAUACAAUAUAUUGCUACUCGAGAGUAUUUUUA